CGAGCGAGGGGCCCGGCCCCCCGGUCCCGCGGCUGCUCUCGAAAUCGCUUCUGCGAAACGGCUCAGGGUACAAACAAGAGGUGCUCCGCUUCUCGGAACAGCUGGCCUGUGCGUGUGUGCGCUUCAGCGCGGGUCGCUCCGUAGAGGUAGGCUAGCGCCCGGCUGCCCGGUUGGACCGGUGCGACCGAGGUAGAAGGACAGAAACAGCUUAAGUUCAGGCUGCCGCUGAGGAAGCAGUAAGUAAUGAAACAUCCGUCUGCAGUUAUAUCGCCCGUGCUUUUGCUUUGGCUUCAGCUGCCACGGAUUUUGUCCUGACCUCUUGUGGCACUUUUCACAGAACAUAGAGAGGGCUAAGGUCAGAGUUUGGUCAUUUAGAUAACACCAUGAUAUGAGACUUAUUUUUUGAAUUAUUUUUUCUGGAAUGAAGUAGACAAGCAACACGUGGGAAGUGUAAUUAUUUAUAAGUAAUGACAGUUUAUUUAUCUUUAGAUACAUAUUUGUGCUUCUUGAUUAACCCAAGAAGUCUUUGGUGGAAGCAAAGAAAUAAAUACCUCUAUUUGUAUAGACCUAAACCCUCCUGGAGGAUAAAUCAUGCCAUUCAUCUUAGAGUUUUUCAUACAAACAGACCUCAAUGUAAAUGGGCCAGAAGCAGAACACUUUGGUGUAACAAACACGUUUACAGCCAUGACCCUUUCUAUGACAGAGUUUCUAAACUUUUAACUUCUUCUUCCAAAGGACUUACAAAAGUGAACAAUCGCAUGUCACGAAUCAAGAGUACUAUAGAAUCUGUUUCAAAAGCAGUGUCUGGCACUCACAGUGAACUGGUUUCACGGAUAGCUCGAUUAAAGCCACACUCGGGUACUCUGGGAAAAACAACUAAAAGUAAUGCAGAUGAAAAUAACUUCAAGGCAAAUCUAGAAAAUGAUAAACAAGUCACAGAUGCCAGAACUCAGGAAGAUUGCAACAGUGGCCUAGCUGCCAAGAAAUCCACUCGUGAAGAAGAAAACUUGGCGUCUGCAUUGAUAAGUUCAAGUGGUACUAACGAAGAUAUUCCAGAAGAUUCAACGUAUGCUAAAAGCCACCUCUUUCAUAUAAGCUACUUCUCUACAAAUUUUGGAGAGACUUACAACUUUGUAGCAGACCAUAUCAACUGGUACUUUAAUAAUAGUUCUGUUAUGGAUCACGAGAAAAAAAGGAAUGCUUUAUUACAGGACUCUAAAAGUGAAGUGAGGGAUAAGCCUGAUUCACCAGAAAGUACUGUAAUGAGUGAAGAAAAUAGCGUGAAUUCAGCAGCUACGUUACUUCCUGAAGCAGAGACUCUGGGUGCUGAAAAAACAAAUGCUGCUCCUCCAGUUUCCACUAAAAAAAGUAUUGCAAACUUCCUUUCAUAUCCCAGUAAUAGUGUACAAGCUUUUGUAGACAGCUACAUUGGUGGGCUGGUUCCCAAGUUAAGAUCUGAUGCAAAAGUUGCUUCAGAAGUGAAGAGUAAACAGCUAGAACAAGGAGUGUCUGAGAAAGAUGAGGAGGACCAGACAAGUGAGACUAAAACUGCAGAAGAGAAGGAAAAGCGACUGUCUCUUCAGAGAGAAAAGAUUAUUGCAAGAGUGAGUAUUGAUAAUAGGACUCGGGCUUUAGUUCAAGCCCUACGAAGAUCCUCUAAUCGAAGAGUCUGUAUCAACAGGGUUGAAGAACUGACUUACCAUCUUCUGGAAUUUCCAGAGAGCAGAGGCGUUGCAAUUAAGGAAAAAUUAAUUCCAUGCCUACUGCGCCUGAGACAGGCAAAUGAUGAAAGUCUUCAGGCUGCUGUUAGAGAGGCUUUAGCUGUAAUUGGAUAUACAGACCCUGUGAAAGGCUGGGGAAUUCGAGUACUCACUAUUGAUGGAGGAGGAACAAGGGGUUUAGUCGCGCUUCAGACUCUACGGAAACUAGAGGAACUUACGGGAAAGCCUGUUCAUCAUCUUUUUGACUACAUUUGUGGUGUAAGCACAGGGGCUAUAUUAGCUUUUAUGUUGGGUUUGUUCCAUAUCCCUCUGGAUGAAUGUGAAGAACUGUAUCGCAAGUUAGGAUCAGAUGUUUUUAAGCAGAAUGUCAUUGUUGGAACAGUCAAAAUGGGUUGGAGCCACGCUUUUUAUGACAGCGAUAUCUGGGAAAAAAUGCUCAAAGAAAGAAUGGGCUCAAAUCUUCUUAUUGAAACUGCAAGAAAUUCCAAAUGUCCAAAGGUGGCUGCGGUGAGCACCAUUGUAAACAGAGGAACACCGCUGAAAGCGUUUGUUUUUAGAAACUACAAUCACUUUCCUGGAGUUAAGUCUCAUUAUAUUGGAGGCUGUCAGUAUAAACUAUGGCAGGCCAUUAGAGCCUCAUCAGCUGCACCGGGUUACUUUCAGGAAUAUAUUUUGGGUAAUGAUCUUCAUCAGGAUGGUGGUCUGCUGCUAAAUAAUCCUUCUGCAUUGGCAGUUCAUGAAUGCAAGUGUCUCUGGCCAAAUGUUCCAUUGCAGUGUCUAGUAUCACUGGGCACUGGCCGGUAUGAAAGUGAAGGGAAGACACAUGUCACAUACACCAGUUUAAAAGCCAAACUCACAAAUGUUAUCAGCAGUGCAACUGAUACAGAAGAAGUUCACACCAUGUUGGAUGCGCUGUUACCUCCAGAUACUUAUUUCAGAUUUAACCCUCUUAUGAAUGAAGACAUACCUCUGGAUGAAAAUCGUAAAGAGAAACUUAAUCAGUUGCAGACCGAUGGAAUUCGUUAUUUAGAACGAAAUGAAGAAAAACUGAGAAAAGCUGCAAAAAUUUUAACACAGGAAAAAACAACUUUGCAGAGGUUUAGUGACUGGAUAAGAUUAAAGGCUGACAUGUAUGAAGGCCUUCCAUUUCUUUCCAAAUUGUGAAUAUGUAAUGCAUGAAAGAUUGUAAAUGUAAAUCUUGUUCCAGAAAAGUACUGUAAAGGGAGAAUGCUUAUUAUGGUAAAUAUAUGGCAAACUUCUUUGGAGAGCUAUCUAAAGCAGUUCAGGACAGCGACUUUAUGCACAUUCACUUGAUACAAGGUUUUAUAGUGUUAAUUAUUUUUUGAACUUUAGGGAUCUUAUUGUUGUACUGCCUAAGUUUGUUAAAAUCACUAAAACUAAAAACUGUGACAACAAUUGUGCUACGCAUUUUUGGAUGUAUGUACCAUAAUCAUGUUGACAGUAAAACUUUAUUUAUUAACUACCACGCUUAUUCAAGAUUAACAAAAAAUAAAAUCUGCAUUAACUUUAUUGUAGGCAGUAUACCUGUUAUGCUCUUGUAUUGCUGGUCAAUUUAAAACAUUCUUACAAAAACUUUGUCUCUGUUAAUUGCACUUUAACAGUUGAAAGAUAGCAUUAAAAUUCGCUUUUUUAUUUUCA